CUUUGACUUCUGCCGAGAAAUAUUUACGGAAAAUCUGUAAAUAAUGGACGGGAAACGAAAAAGACCAAAUUAUUUUAAAUAUAUUAAACCGAAUCGGAAGAAGCGCGAAUUACGGCCGGCAGGGUGCGCUGGGAAGAAAAUGGUGUCGUGAGCCGGAGAGGAUAGUCGGAAAGAAAGAUGGAUUCGGUUCUGCGAGACAAACUCAGCAUGAUCGCCGCCCUGGGUGCGGGAGUGGUGGUGGGGCUGAGCGGCAUUUACCUGUACUAUAAGACGAACAGGGCGGUCACCCGGGAGCUGUCGCACCUGUCGGGCACAAUCGAGUGUCUGAGGAAGGAGAUCGAAGACCUCAAGAAGUUUCGAGUAAACGCUGCGGAGCCGAAAAGCGCUCCCUCCCACUCGCAGCAUCUCUCGGCCAUCGCCCCCACCUCCACCGGCGAAGAGGCCGAAGAGGAAUACUUCGACUUCACCGACACUGAAGAAGUGUCUGGUUCUUGGGCAACCAUCAAUGGUCCGGAAAGCAUCGGAAUUUCUGAUCUGAGUGGUGAACAGUUGUGGUUAAAUGAAGUCGAUCAAAAAUUAGAUGGCACCAGUGAUCAAAAGGAGGAAAUAUAUAUGACGCUAUUGGAGAAGAUAGAAGAGAAUUCCGAAAAUGACGAAUAUUUAUGGCGGCUGGCUAAAGCAACUCAUCUGCAGGGAAUUAUGGCACAGAAACAGGAUGAUUUUGAAAAGAAAAAAGAGUUAGCUUUCGAAGCAUUUAAGUAUGCCGAAAAGGCUCUCAAACAAAAUAGCAUAAAUCCCGAAGUGCAUAAAUGGUAUGCCAUUACGAUCGGGUCUUUAGCGGAAUAUGUUGGUGUUCAAGAAAAAAUUCAAAAUGGUUAUACUUUUAAGAAACACGUCGAUGAAGCACUAAGAUUAAAGCCAUUGGAUCCCACUCUCCACCAUAUGUUAGGAAGAUGGUGCUAUGAGGUAGCGAUGCUGACGUGGAUAGAAAGAAAGAUAGCUUCAACAUUGUUUUCUACGCCUCCUGAAGCAACUCUUUCCGAAGCCAGGCAGCAUCUCAUUAACGCAGAUAAUAUAAAAUCAGAUUGGAAAGAAAACAUUCUUUUUAUUGCUAAAUGUUACAUUGGAGAAGGUGACUACGCCUCGGCUCUGGACUGGAUUGAAAGAGCCAUGAAAUUACCAUGUCUCAGCGAAGACGACGAAAUAGCACAAACUGAACUGGAGACUCUCUGGAACACAUACCAGAGUUACAGACAAUAAUUAGAAUCUUUGAGACCUCGAGGAUCACAAUCAUUCCAUUACCCAAUUCUUCUUUUAUGUAACAUCCAAUAGAAAUUUUUACGACCGAAUUUUUUACCGUUUAGAUUUUAUUUUUUUAAAUAACUCUACCCGUUUGCGUCUGCAGUACUAGUUAAAAAUAGAAUCUGGAGAUUUUUGUGCUGAGGGAGUGUUAUGUUAAUAGGCAGCCAAUUUGUGAUUGAAGAAAUAAAAAGGCCAUUUUAUGGAAGAACAUACAUCCUGUAGACGAUAGUAGAAUUAAUUCUGAAACAUUUAUUGGAAUCUUUUAAUUUGUCUGGCUGAUCACAGAAUUCAAACCAUUGACAUUUCUCUUUGUGGCACUGCUUAUGUAAAAAAAUUUUUUUUUUGUAUUUACUGCUUCUGUUUCGCUUAUCCAUCAAAUGGAAAAUGAUGUAACUAUAAAAAUAGUAGUAAUACCCAUUAACUUAAAAUUUUUAACUAUUUUGCCAGACUUGAAGUUGUUUUGUUUGGAAGAUUUUUUCAGCUAUCGCAUGUAAUCAUUGUAAAUAGUGCAGUGGGUGACUGAUACAUUUAUUUUCUUAUGUUCUUUUUGUUACCAGACUGGAAAAAGAGAAAAAGUUUUGAAUUUUAUGUAAAUAUUAGCCACCGGGAACAAAUUAAAGUCACAGAAAGUGGGCACGGAAGACCGUGGCUGCCACAAAAAAAGAGGGACGAUUAUAGGUUUUUUCCAUUUACUGAGCAUCAAAAUCCGGCUGUAAAAUUUUCUAUCAUAUUGUAUUAAUAAAAUUUACUUUAUUAA